GCAUACUAGAGCCAACCCCCCUUCUUCCUCUCCGCCCUCAUUUUUGAAUGGAAGAAGCGAACGACUAUAUGUGGAAGGAGAGAAAAAAAAGGAAUCGGACCAUCUACACUGACUUACAUUAGUCGCUUCACAAGAGACGGAGUAAAAGGAUCAACAUGGUGUGUGCGUCGGCGCUUCCAUUGCCCUUCUUCAUCGUUAUUCGCUGCGAAUCACGAUCGUUACGCUUGCAUAUUAAGAGUCUUCUCUGUACGGAGUACUGCACCAGCCAAGUUCAAGGUCAAGUUCAAGGGUCGGGCGAUCGGGAAACCCGCUUCUCAUGGACACCGUCGGGAAGAUGCUCCACUUUUUAUUUCUUCCUUAACCCAGGAAGCCAGCCCCAGUUGCAAAGAAUGGAUAGCGAUAUGGUUAAAGGAGAUAGUUUCUGGCUUCUACGACGUACGCCAUAGUCUGUCACUGGAGUAUGGAAUUGUGUUUGUCGAUGCUGAAACCAACAAUGCCUCAGCCAUGAAGUCACUGAAGGAGAAACUUUCCUCAUCCGAUGGUACGCCCAGAGGCACCAGUG